AUGGAUGAAGAAGAGGAACACUACGACUUCAUGUACCAUGGAUGGGUCGCUCAUAUGGGUGAGAUGCUGCAUAGAGAUAUGUCGCAUGUCAUCGCUCAUAUGCGAGCAAACGGCGGCGUAAUGCCGGAGUUUGAGUUGCCACCUCAAAGACUAGAGUAUCCGUACGACCAUGGGCUCUAUCUCCCCUUAGACAUCCUUCCUCCAACCUAUACUGAAGAGGUCGUCGUCGACUCUCUGGAGGAUGACGAAAACACUGUCGUCAAGGCCGAGCCGGCGUCGCCUGAUACCCUCGCGGCACCCGAGUCACCUAGAUCGCCAUAUCUUUAUGACAUUCCUCCCUUUCGACGCUCGCAAAGCCCCUCGCCAGUCAAUUUUGAAGAGGCAGACGUCGAUCCUUUUGAGAAUGAAGCAAUCGUCGCUGCAAAGCCAGAGCCUUAUCCAGAAACUGACGACGAUGUCGUAGAGGUACCUCGAUCACCAGGCUCACCCUGUCUCUACGACAUCCCCCGCUUCUACGCCGCACCUGACAUGUCCCCUCCCGAACCAGACAUGGAACGACCCAUCCC